AAAUCUUCAGCCAUCUCCUCCAGGAGCUCUCAGAAGUUGCGCUUUCGACUGGCCUCCAAGCUCAGUCGUUCAGAGCCUAUGAAAUCCCUUAAAGCCUGUCUUAUGUUGAUUCCGCUGCUGGGAAUUCCACAAGUCGUCUUUGUGGUGCCCUACCACCCAUCAGUCAGGGAGGUCUUCAACUACAUCAACGCCGUUCUCAUAUCUACUCAGGGUUUCUGGGUAGCUCUGAUUUACUGCUUUCUCAAUGAGGAGGUAAGUUGCCGUCCAACCUUUUUUUUUUCACGCCAACAACCCAACAAGAUUUCUGCCGACACGGUGCUGAUACUCUCCCCCUCUGUCCUCUUCUUAGGUCCGUCUGGUCCUGAAGAAAACUCGACAUAA